GUUUUCUUUUUUCUUCUCGUUUUCUUGUUGAAAAUCGCCCUUUUUUAUCGCGGUACUGAUUAGACAUUUUCAAGUAUAAUAGGUUAUAAAUACGAAGUUGCAGAGACGCAGCUCGUGAGAGUCGUGAGUUUCCACGCUCAGCGUCUCACUUCCACUUUCUCUCGUUGCUCUCGUGUAAUGCGACGUUGCCAGCUCUUCGUUCACUCUGUGAGAUUGUAUAUGUUAUGUGCGUGUGCACACGGUACGAAGCACCACGCGUGUGUAACCCAAUGGUCAAAAGUAUAUCAUUGGCUUGUUCUUUUUCGCUGCACUGGUGCAAUAGGUUAGAGUAAGACAAAUAUAUUUUUUCUCACUUUAACUUAUUGGAUCAGUGCAGCAGUGCAGCGAAAAAGAACAGGCCACAUCUUUCGCCUACUUUGAGUUAUUUGCGUUCUCUCUUUUCCGCGGACCGUCCUUGAGUACGACUGGAGGGUACAUAAUACCUUAAAAAGUUAGACUAAUCACUGGUGUGAUUGGUCGAAAAAAUAGACCUAAGGGCCUGCAUCCGGCACUGCACGCGUUGCCCUGGAGACCGAGUCUAUUUAAAAAUGGCGCAUGUUUUCGAUUUUGCUUUGGUCCCGCUUGCGGUACAAUUCCGCGAGAAAUUCCGUGAAAAAUGGAUGAGAAGAUUGUGGAGAGUAACGGCUCGCUCGACAAGACAGCGCGAAAACUCACCGACGACAUACAGAGUAUGUCGAAUUACAGGGCUCUCUAUCACGAGAUACAAAGACUCGUCGCGUCGCCCACCGUGAACAAAGACGAUUUCAAGAACUCGCUGGUCGCGGCGCUCAAGGAUAAUGGCCUGGAAACGGAAAUUCGAAACACAGUGUUUCACUGGGCGCGAUCGCGGGGUUCACUACAUUCUCCUUCAGUUUCACACAUACAGGCAGCUGACCUGAGUUAUCUAAAAAAGACUCAAAUUCAGUGGGAACGACGUAUACAGAAAUCAUUGAACUCAACAUGCAACGAAUUGAAUAUUCCAUUGGCUCGUAUAAGACCCACUGCAGAUAGGGAAGAACUAGCUGAAAAGUGGAAUGAAUUGAGCACCUAUGAUAUUGAUCUGUCACAGUACCGGCCAUUGUAUGCACCAAAGGACUUUCUGGAUGUAUUGUUUUCCAUACGUGAUCCAUCAUUUAAAAAGCAACCAGACGAGUUAAAUUGGGAUUUCAGUCACAUACAAAUUAGUGUAAAAACGUUUGCGCAGUUGAGGCGUAUGUACUCAGAAUUGGCACAGGGAAUGCCAUUAUUGGGAGUAAAUCCCGACAUGCCGGCCAUGGAAAAUUUCCCAAAUUUGGAAGCUGAACGAACGUACAUUGGCGAAAAAGUAUUAAACUCUAAUCAUGCGCCGAUUGCUCAAGAAUUUCUUAAAAGAGGAUCUCCUCGAGCAUUACGUGGUCGUAUUUGGUCACUCGUUCUCGGAUCCGUUAUCAAAGAUAAUGAUAUAGAAUAUUAUGAAGAAUUGAAAAAUAUGGUAUUGCAAUAUGACAUUGUGGUAGACAAACUAAUAAUAAUGGAUGUACAAUUAACGGCAAGAAACGACGAUCAAUAUUUUGUGUUUGAAGACAUUUUGUAUAAGACAAUGUUGUGCUUCUCAAGAGACUCCGAGAUACUUGCACCAGUCACAACUGACAGAAGUGCCGGAGGUCAAGUGAUCCAUGCGGUUUUGCAAGGAAAGCCAGCAACGCUGGAAAAUACCUUGGUCUUUCCUCCAAGCGGUGUUAUUCCGUUUCAUGGUUUUACAAUGUAUGCUACGCCAUUUUGCUAUUUAUAUGAUGAUCCUUGCAAUAUGUAUUAUACUUUCCGUGCGUUCUACUUGAGAUACUGGUUUCGUUUGCACACUGUGUCGAGCCACGAACAAGGUAUAGUCGCCCUCUGCUUACUUUUUGAACGACUACUGCAAUGUCAUGAACCGUAUUUGUGGACUCAUUUCAAAAAUAUACACAUUCAACCUAUAAAAAUAGUUUUCAAAUGGCUUAUGAGAGGCUUCAGUGGCCAUUUACCACCUGAACAAUUAUUGUAUCUUUGGGAUCUAAUUCUCGGUUACGACUCUUUGGAAAUUAUUCCGUUGUUGGCGGUGACAAUAUUGAGUUUUCGAAAAGAAAAUUUAUUACAAGUUAACACACAGCAGAACGUAGAGGCUGUGUUAGCGGACUUAUCCUCAUUGAAAGUAAUGCCUUUACUACAGCUGGCUCUUCUAAAAGAAUAAUAUCGUUUAUACAUAUAAAAGUGUAAAUGUUUUUAUCACAAAACUUAUAAACUUUUUUUUAGAUUUGUAUCACUCCUUUAGUCUCACAUAUCUUAGAGCUGAUCUCACCGACUUCGAUUAAUUUAUAUAAAAAAAUCAACCGAUUACAUUUAUCAAUUGCAAACUGGAAAACUUGAAACUGAUUAUCUCUAACUUAAUUUUUUUAUUAUCUUAAUUAAAAAAAAUACUUAACUGUUAAUUAAAAUUAUGUAUUAUAUUUUAUAAUAUAAUUUGUGGAAAAAGGAUAACAGAAUAAUAUGGUCAGUCUUAAGUUUUGUAAGUAACAAUUUAUAAAUAUAAAUCACCGAUUUUUAAAAUUAAUUGAAGUUGAUGAGACUGGUAUUUAUUUCGUAAUUUAUGGAAAAAAUA